GGGUGUGUAGCUACUGUUUGUGCUGUCGUACAAUUUUGGCGGGCGAGCUGCUGUCUGCUGCUGUUGUGAACGAGAGCAGCUGCGAAUCACCGACGAUGACAUCGAGAAAGCAGCAUGGUGGGCCAGACGCCGCCAUGUACGAGUCCAAGGAAAACCUCAAGGCCCUCUCCAACAUCCUCCCCGCCAUCAACGACAAGUACAAGGAUUACGUGCAGCAGGAGAACAUCACCGCAGCUGGCGUGGCGUCCCUGCUUGUGCACAUGUGGUCUUUCAUGGAGAAACACUUGGGCAAGCAGUCUGACAACCAAGCCAUGACCCGGUUUCCCGCGCGCUUCUUCUUCGACUACUCAAAGAAAGGGCCGCUCGUGGAUAUUGUGGGCACGGCAUACAAAGUCAAGGCAGACACGCAGAUGCGGCGGUUUGACUUUGCGACGCCGUCCAAGCUGAACCGCAACAUGAACAUUCUGCUUGAAGUGCAGCGCGUGCUCAAGGAAAAGCACCACUUGCGGCCCAUGCGCGUGUAUUUCGCGCCAAAGGUCUCCGCCAAGGACAAAGAGAGGCUGAGCACCGUGGCCAAGGAGCACGACAUGGAGACGGUUGGUUCAGAGGACGAGGCAACACACGUCAUCACCUCCCUCCCAAAGCGCGAUCCUGCCGACGAUGGUGAGGAGUGGCUGCGGCCUGUGCUGAAGCGCAAGGACCGCGUGCUGGCGCACUACUGGUACUUCCCGGACAGCUACGACACGUGGCUUCCCGCUCGCGACGUCGCUGCUGAGAUUGAGCGAUACCAGCGCAGAGACCGGUUCUACGUGAACGGGUACUGGUUGCUGCACACCGCCAAGUACAACGAGUUCAUGAACGAGGAAGACUACGAGGACACGGACCCAGAGGAGGAGGAAGCGCGCUCGUCACCGACGCGCAACAGACGAACGACUCCGCCGUCGCGGCCAACACCAACCGUAUCGGAAGCUGCGGCAGUCAAGACCGCGAGCACGCCAUCAGCCGCGUCAAAGGCAAAGGCAAAGGCGAAGGCAAAGGCAUCCUCAUCGUCGCCAGCGUCAUCCUCAGCAGCAACAGCGGCAGCAGCAAGCAGCAGCGUGAGGGGCCGUGGCAGCCGCAGCAGCAAAGGCAGCAAAGCUGGCACUGGCAACAACAUCAGCAGCAACAGCAACAGCAGCAGCAACAACAGUGGUGGUGGCAGCAGCAAGGGGCGGCGAUCAUCAGCCAAGGCAGCAAACAACGGGAAGCGAAAGCAUGAGGAAACACCUGCGAGCAAGAGCAAGCGCAGCAAGAAGGCCGCGGCGUCCAGCAAGCGAGCGAAGACCACCGACGAUGAUGACGAUGAUGGCGAGGAGGAGGAGGAGGACGUCGAUCCCCGCAUCGGCCUCCCGCCAGACACAAACUUGCAAGCUGUGCGUGUGGACGUUGAGAAAGCGCUGUUGGAGGCCGACACAAAUGCAAAGAAGAACGAGCUUCAGCCGAUUCGAAGCGGUCAUGUGCUCGACAUUUCGCAUUCAAAGGGAAUUCCAAUCCAAGCCGUUGAGGGCGAGGCACCUGUUCCCAAGCCAGAGCAGCCAGCCAAGAAGGCGAAGACGACGGAGGCGCAGCAGCAGCACAUCAUCAUCCCGGCCGCCGCCGCCUGGUUCGACUACGAGAACAUCCACGAAAUUGAGAUCCGCGCCCUGCCCGAGUUCUUCAACGGGAAGAGCAAGGGCAAGGCCCCGCAAGUCUAUAUGGCGUACCGCAACUUCAUGAUUGACACGUAUCGCCUCAACCCGUCCCAGUACCUCACAGCCACCGCCUGCCGCCGCAACCUCGUUGGCGACGUGUGCGCGAUUGUGCGCGUGCACGCGUUCCUGGAGCAGUGGGGCCUUAUCAACUUCCAGGUUGACAAGGAGACGCGACCGACAGCUGUUGGGCCGCCGCCAACAUCCCACUUCCACAUUCUCGGGGACACCCCGCAGGGCUUGCAGCCGCUGCACAUGAAGAAGCUCGCUGACGAGCAAGCGAGGGGUGAUGCAAAGGCGCGUGUUGUUGAUCUGCCAACGCCACAGCUGGGCAUCCGCAGCACGUCCACAGCGACUGCACAGAACUUUGGACUGCGCCGGGAUUUGUACAGCCGGCCAGCAAGCGAGGAGGGCGCGCCGUGGAGCGACCAUGAGGUGCUUGCGCUGCUUGAGGCCGUGGAUCUUCACCGCGACGAUUGGAUGCGCGUGCGCGAUCACGUCAACCGCGUCUGCUACGCCGGCGAGGCCGUCCGCAGCCACGACGACUGCGUCCUCGCAUUCAUCAGGCUGCCGAUUGAGGACACGUUCCUGCAUGAGGAGACGAAGGUUGAUGCUGAUCCAAUCCCUUUUGUCACCGCACAGAAUCCACUCAUGAAGACGCUUGCUUUUCUCGCCUCUGUGGUCGAGCCGAGUGUUGCUGCUGACGCGGCGCGGGCAGCCAUGCUCAAGAUUGGCGAGCGACACACAGCGGCAGCAGCGGCAGCAGCAGCAGCAGGGGGAAGAGAUGGAGCGAAGGAGGGCGAGGAGGAGGAGAAGAAGGAAGGUAAAGCAAAGAUGGAUAAGGGCAGUGAUGGGGCGAAGGAAACAGAGACAGCAGUAGCGGCAAAGCAACAAGGGGGAUCGAAGGAAGAAGAACGCAAGGCAACAAAGACGCCGGUAACGCAAUUGGUGCAACUGCUUCGGUCGCGUAUGACCCUGGGCACGGGCGAUAAGCAAGCACCAGCACCAGCAGCACCAGCAGCAGCAGAAGAGCAGCGCAGAUCCAAGGCAGUUACGGCAGAGGAGGGAGAGGGCACUGGUGCUGGUGGUGCGAUGGACACGAGCGAGGACGCAAGCGCGCCGGCACAGUCGUCCCAGCAACAGGCAGUGAAGAAGGAAGGCGACAAGGCCCAGCCAGCACAAGCAGAAGCAGCACAGCAGGGCACGACAGCCACUGCAUCAGCAACAGCAGCACCGCCGUCAUCAUCAUCAUCAUCCUCGUCGUCGUCGUCACAGGCAAAGCCGCCCGGGUGGGCGUGGACGGCGGAAGAGUCGAAGGAGCUGCAGGCGCUGGUGACGAGCGAAGACGUGCAGGAGGCGUCACGCGCAGCGCUCAAGGCAGCGUCCAACAAGGCCAUGGCGUUGGCGCGGGCGGCUGAGCGGCACAUCCGGGCGCUGACGGCGGGCCUGAUUGACGUGCAGCUGCAGAAGAUGGAGAUGAAGUUGCGCCACCUGCAGGACAUUGAGGCAUGGAUGACCUCUCUCCAGGCAGACACGGUGCGCAAGCGCCAGGAGGCCAUGGCCGAGCGGGCGCGCGUGUUUGCAGAGCGCCUUCGCAUUCAAGAGGCCGCCCGUCGUGGGCAGGAUAUCGCAUAGCGCCGCAGCGGACACAUCCAUCAUGAGCCAGCGACAAGGGUUGAAUGAAGGAUGAAGGGAGGAGUGGCGUGCAUGUUGUUGGUGUUGGUGUUUGUGUGGAAGCAACAGUGCCUCUCUGUCUGUAUGUUUGUUUGGACGUUUGUGUGUCCGUUAAGAUGUUUGGUUGAUGAGUUUCUGUUUGGUGUCUGUUUCAUGUCAUCCAUCAUACACAAGCCGAGACAAGC